GCUUCAUCCGUGUCUUGUCUCUCCCGCUAUUUUCGUAUUUUCAUUUUCUGCUCGCUCGAGGAUAUUCUUUUGUAGCUAUCGAGAGUUUAAUUCGAAUAAAGUUCUUAAAUUCCCUCACAAGUUGAAGAAUUUUCAUUAGAAUUCAGAUGCAUCGAACCGAGUAACUGUAAAAUGUCGCAGAAAACGCUAUUCAAUUAUUUCACCAAAUCUCCGGCAGUCUCCAAGAAGGAGAACGGCGUUCAGAAUGGUAUUUCAACGCCGCCGAGCAGCAAAACUCCCGAAUCGAAAAAAGUAGAAUCGAGUAAGAAAGUGAAUGGCAAAGCUGACAGUAAAACUCCUAAAUCAUCGAAGAAAAGUAAAACCGACGUUGAGACACCCACAUCGAGUAGGAAGGUGAAUGGUAAAGCUGGCAGUAAAACUCCUAAAUCAUCGAAGAAAGAUAAAACCGAACUUGAUACACCUGCGUCGAGUAAAAAAAGAGCGAGGCAAAAUUCGCUCGGAAAGUUCAGUUCGACUCCUGUCAGCAAGAAAUUAAAGACCGAAGAAGAUGAUGCUAAAAAUGAACCCGAUAUCGAAGAGAGUCCCGAAACACCUCCGAUGAAAAAGCGCAGACGAAUUCUAGAAGAAUUAUCUAGCGAAGAUUGUGAUUCCGGUGAUGAAUACGUACCAGAUAAAAAGGAAGAAUCGGAAGAUGAAAGCGAAGUAUCGGAACACGAAAGUGACGAAUCUCCUAUUCAAACUGAAUCGGAUGAUGAUGAUGAUUCGCCGAAAAAAACUAAAACCAAAAAACAGAAUGGAAAAGCUCCUAAAAUGUUCAACAGUUCGUUUUCAUCGGAUAGACCGAAAAUUCCACUUUCUGCAACUGCGAAAGAACUUGGAGACGAAAACUGGCCUCAUCUCAAGUUAGAGUUCUUGAAACCGGAAAAAAUACGUGAUGCUAAACGGAGACCGAAAGAUGAUCCGAAUUACGACCCUAAGACUUUACUCGUUCCAGAAGAUUAUAAAAAUAAAUUGACUCCGGGUGUCAGACAAUGGUGGGAAUUGAAAUCGCAGAAUUUCGAUAUUAUAUUAUUUUUCAAAGUCGGUAAAUUUUACGAAUUAUACCAUAUGGAUGCUGUGAUCGCUGCUAAUGAAUUAAAUUUGACGUUUAUGAAGGGUGAUUUUGCUCAUGUUGGUUUCCCUGAGAAAGCUUAUUGUAGAUUCUCAGCCACGUUGAUAGAAAAAGGUUAUAAAAUUGCUCGCGUCGAACAAACCGAAACUCCUGACAUGAUGGCUGAACGUUGUAAAAAAACUAAACCAACUAGAUUCGAUAAAGUUGUUAAGAGAGAAAUUUGUCAAAUCACAUCUCGUGGUACUCGAACUUUCGGUAUUCUAGAAGGUGAAACGAAAGAAGCUGAAAGCAAUUUCCUUUUAGCUAUAGCUGAAAAAGAAAUUGAUCACGUCUCCUCAAGUUACGGAGUUUGCUUCGUUGACACUUCAAUUGGUUUAUUCCACGUUGGUCAAUUUGUCGAUGACAGACAUUCGUCUCGUUUGAGAACUCUCAUGGCACAUUAUCCACCUGUUCAAGUUUUAUGCGAGAAAAAUCACCUCACAGCGAGAACAAACCACGUAUUGAAUACUGCUUUAUCUGGAGCUGUCAAGGAUCAGCUGCAAUCCGAUUCUGAAUUCUGGUCCGCUUCUAGAACACUCGUAAAAUUGAUCGAAAAUUAUUACAAAGAUAAUAAAUUACCCAAAGAGUUGAACGACUUCUUGGGCGAAGAUGGCUCCGUAAAUAUGAUAUGCAGCGAUGAAAGCGAACUCGGCGUUAGAGCCCUGGGUGCCGUUGUGUGGUGCCUACAAAGAUGCCUGAUUGAUUACAAAAUACUCACGAUGGGUCGGUUUUCUGUUUAUGAGCCGAUAGAUCUUGAGAGUCCGGCUAAAAUUCUCGAUAACCAGAAAAUAAUCGACAGUUUUAAUAAACAUAUGGUGUUAGAUGCAGUUACCUUGAAAAAUCUGGACGUUUUAGAGAAUUCCAUGGGAGGCGUUCAUGGAUCAUUGUUGCAUAAAUUGGAUAAUUGUUGUACUCCUUUUGGCAAAAGGUUGUUGCAGCGAUGGAUUUGCAGCCCUUUGGCAAAUAUUCAGAAUAUUAAAGCUCGUCAAGAUGCGAUUCAUUUUCUAAGAGAAUGUUCAGUCAGUCAAGAAGUUCGAAGUAUUAUGUCACAGUUACCGGAUUUAGAACGUUUAUUGUCCAAGAUACACUCUCAAGGUACCGACGGUAUUCAAGAAAAUCAUCCUGAAACACGAGCGAUUCUAUUCGAAGAGAAAAUUUAUUCUAAGAGAAAAAUCAUUGAUUUUAUUUCGGCCAUUAAUGGCUUUAAGACUGCUGUAAAAAUCAUUAAUCUUUUCACGAAUAUCGAUACUGAUGAAAUGCCACCGUUGAUUCGACAAUGCUGCCGUUCGGCUAAUGAAAGUGAAUACGGCCGAUUUCCUGAUCUGACCAACGCUUUAGAUUUUUUUGAGAAUGCAUUUGACGCAAAUGAAGCUCAGAAGGAAGGUCGUAUUAUGCCCAAUCCUGGCACAGAUUCGGAUUACGAUGAAGCAAUGGAUAAUCUUAAAUCCAUCGAAAACGAAACGAAAGAUUAUUUGAAGAAACAAAGCGCUUAUUUUGGAUGCAAAGUUGGAUUCUUUGGAAGCGAUAAAAGAAGGUUUCAAUUAGAAAUCCCUGAUUCAGCGUGUAAAAGAGCUAAAGAAGGAUACGAACUUGUAUCACAACGAAAAGGAUACAAACGAUAUCAUACACCAGAAACCAGGGAAUUUUACGAUAGAAUAGUUGCUGCCGAAGAACAAAAAAUCAACGUUUUGAAAAAUCUAGCCGAACGAAUAUUUUCACGUUUUAGUGGAAGGUUCGAAGAGUGGAAUGCUGCGCUGCAAUGCUUAUCUGUACUCGAUGUACUUUUAUCCUUCGCCGAAUACUGUAAGAAUGAAAAUGAAACUUGUGUACCUGAAUUUGUUCCUAUUGCUGUCGACGAUCAACCAUUCGUGAAAUUAAUCGAUGGCCAUUAUCCGUGUUCAACCGGAGAUGACGUAUUCAUUCCGAAUAGCACCCUAGUCGGAGUAGACGAUGCUGAAAAAAGAAACGCUACGUUGUUAUUAGUCACUGGGCCGAAUAUGGGUGGUAAAUCUACUCUAAUGAGGCAACUCGGUCUUAUUGUCAUCAUGGCUCAUAUGGGCUGUCACGUACCUGCUGUUCAAUUGAAACUCACCCUUGUGGAUAGAGUUUUCACCCGAUUGGGUGCGAAUGACGAUAUAAUGGCCGGUGAAAGUACAUUCUACGUUGAAUUAUGCGAAACGAGUUCCAUUCUGCAACAUGCCUCGAAACAUUCGCUCGUUUUAAUCGACGAAUUAGGACGAGGUACUUCGACUUACGACGGCACAGCAAUCGCUUCUGCGGUGUUAAACGAACUGUGUAAUGUUAAAUGCCGAACGUUAUUCUCCACUCAUUACCAUUCGCUGGUGGAAUAUUUUAAAAAUAAUGAAAACGUCGCUCUGGGUCAUAUGUCCUGUAUGGUUGAAAACGAAGCCGAAGACGACGCCGAAGGAUCCGAAGAAACGGUCACCUUCUUAUAUAAAUUUGCCCAAGGCGCUUGUCCUAAAUCGUACGGAUUCAAUGCAGCUAGAUUAGCCGGAAUGCCGAAACAUAUUACUCAGGUCGGAUCUCGUCGAGCUAAACAGCUCGAAAACGAAGUUCAUAAGCGUCGUAGCUUCAAGAAAUUAUUCCAGUCGGAAUUGGAUUCUGUGCAAGAGCUAAUUGCUGCUUUAUAAAUGUGCCAUUUUUUGUUAUAAUGUGAAUCACGUGUCGUUCAGUAUUUUUCCUAUUUUUCCUUUUGUGAAUUAUUUAUAAAUUAUAUUUAUUACUCGCGUAAUGUUAUGUUGAACUGAAAUUGUUACGUUUAAAAUUAUCUCUGUUUUUUUUUAGUGUUAGUAAUUUAUUUUUCAGUACUCGUUUCCAUUUCCCUGAUGGCCUAUUCCUUCUCGAAUUUUAAUUAAAUAAGUAGGUAUUCUUUACAUGACGUUUUAAUCGACGAAUAUAAAUUUCAUUCGAAUUUUAAUCAACUGCUUAUUUUUAUUUUGAUACAUUUUAAGUAUCGCAAAUAAACGAUUAAUUUGCCACUU